GUUUGUAACAAUCUCCCUAAUAGAGUCUUUCCCAAAGAUUGGUGUGUGUGGAAUGGUUCAGUCUGAUUGAGUUAGAUCACUGUGAGAUGGAGGGAGGGAGUAGAAUGGGCAGAAACAAGAGCUUGAACACGCAUAACAGAAGUGAAGGGGGGAGGGGAAUAAUGGAUAGCGACAUACAAUUAUUUACCAAAUUAAACUCUGUUGUGAUGCGGCAUCUUGCAGGUUUAUCUGGUGAAAUGUGUGCAUGCGAAAUUAGCUCAUAUGAUGCAGCCCAGAUGGUUGUAUGAGCAUGUCUACACACAUACUCACACAUACACAAACACACAAGAGAAACACAGACACGCACAAACCCCACAAGCACAGCCUGGGGCACUCAGUGUUUAAUCUGAUUCAUUCUACACAAACCGUCUCACUCUCUCUCUCUCUCUCUGCCAUGAUUAUUGACCUCUGACCCCCAGGUAUAUCCGUACGUUAUACCUGGGUAUCCAGUCCCACCGUAUGAAGGAGCAUAAGGAGGCACAGAGGAGGUUCUACUGGGCCAUGAUGUUUGAGUACGCAGACGUCAACAUGCUGCGGCUACUGGAGACCUUCCUGGAGUCAGCUCCUCAACUAGUACUACAGCUCUGUAUUAUGAUACAGCAGAACCGGGCUGAGACUCUACAGUGUAUAUCUAGUCUAGGCUCUCUUCUGUCUCUAUCCUGGGUGUUGGCCUCGUACCACAAGCUCCUGCGCGACUCCAGAGACGACCAGCGCAGUCUGAGUUAUCGCGGUGCCCUCCUCCACCUUCUCUGGCGCCUCCUCACCAUCUCCUCCCGCGUUCUCUCUCUCGCCCUCUUCGCAUCCCUCUUCCACCUGUACUUUGGCAUCUUCGUGGUGCUCCACUGGUGUGGCAUGGCCCUGUGGGUGGUGCAUGGCGGAACAGACUUCUGUAUGUCUCGCUGGGAGGAGGUGCUGUUUAACAUGGUGGUGGGCAUCGUCUACAUCUUCUGUUGGUUCAACGUCAAGGAGGGACACACCAGGGGACGCAUGGUGGCUUACUACUCUGUGGUACUGGCUGAGAACACACUGCUCACUGGACUGUGGUAUGUGUAUCGUGACCAUGAAGAGACAGACAGCUACGCGGUUCCAGCGUUGUGUGGUGUCUACCUGUCCUUUGCGGGUGGAGUACUGGUGAUGCUUCUGUACUACGGCCUUCUUCACCCCUCACACACACACCCCACCCCGGCAUCGACCUGGUGGGAUGAGCUGCUGUGGGGUAACCCCUUGCCCCCCUCAGCUCCACCCACCCCAGCCCACCUGGCUGCCCCGUUUCACAGUGAUGACAUCAUCGCAGAAGGCUGUCUGCCGGUGUUCCAGGUGCGUUUGGAGCCCCCCACCUCGAGGCGUUUCGAAGGUCCUCUGAUAAAGAUUGACAUGCCCAGGAAACAUUACCCGGCCUGGGACGCUCACUACGUGGACAGACGGCUGCGAAGGACCAUCAACCUACUACAGUACCUGACGCCUGCAGCCGCAGGCAUACGAUACAGGGACAGACCUCUGCUCUAUGAACUACUGCAGUACGAGUCUUCUUUCUGACACAUACACACAUAGACAAACACACAUAUUUACAAGUGCGCACAUGUAACCGAUGUGAAAUGGCUAGUUAUUUAGUGGUGCUCGCUAGUAGUGUUCAACCGGUGACCUCACCCGCUCUGACCUAGAAGUAGUUGUUUCCCUUGCUAUGCAAGGACCACAGCUUUUGUGGAGUGACAGGUAACGAUGCUUCGUGGGUGAUGGUUGUUCAUCUGUUCAGAGGGUCCCUGGUUCGAGCUCAGGUUGGGGCAAGGAGAGGGACGGAAGCGACACUGAUACACACAAAUGUGACUCUUCUCUCUGUUUUUAUCUCUUCAUCUCUGUUUUGUAUUUCUCACUCUGCUGAGAAGACUGGAUAGUGACAGAAGACAGCAUGUCAUGUUAUUUUCACGUCUUCAUGAAUAAUACUAAAAGAUCAUAUGAAAUUAGAAAAAAUGUGAAUGUAAUAUAAACAGCGGCCUGA